AUGCUGAGAAAUGCAGUUUAAUCUGACAGGAGAAAUUAGGGGUCGGAUGAUUAGUUUGGAAUAUAAAAAAAAAAUGUGUUAAAUAGUCCGGAGGUUACUCCCAUUCGAACUUAAUAGAGAGGAGAGAGCAGAAACAGUUAAUUGAUUCCUUCUUUGUAAAAAAUUACAAGGAAUACGGGUUCAAGAUUAUCUGUAGUGAGUAGAAAUGAUAAAAGAAAAUCAACCAUCAAUAGCAAUAUGUCGAAUAAAAAGAGAGAUAAACUCCUUAGAGAAUAUUAGGACCUGUUUUAAGAUGAAUCAUUUUCAUCGGAUAGUCGAUCAUCCAGUAAAUCGAGAAUCAGCAAACAAUUAAAGGCGUUUGCAGAUCCGAAAAAGGUUGACAAGGAAAUAGAUGAAGAAAUGGAGUUCAUACACAAGACUUUAAAUUAACGUAUGUCAACCAUAAGGUAUUGAAAUUAUUUAUAUAAGUAAACAAUAAAAAGAAAUAUCAAUAUUGAAAGGAAGUUAGAAGAGUUAACUCAAGUAGACCACCAAAAGCUUUAGGAGCAUGAAAUAAAUGUCUCAAAAUCUCCAUAGUUUGGCUUAAAUUAAAUAGUCAACGCGAUUUAGAAAAGAAAAUUCUAUUUCAUCCUCCAAGUUUCUCGGAUCCUCUGAAAAUCAAGAGAUUUAGAGUUUAGUUAAGAUAUUGGACAAAGUGGGGGUGCCUGGUUAGGAGUAAGCUCAAUACACCUAAAUUAUUGAAGAGUUAGAGAAGCAAUGCGUUGAUUUGAAUCCCAAUGGGGCACCAAGAAUAAAACAAAAGGUAAGAAAAACCUUCAUCACCCUAUUUAAUCAAUACUAUGGAAAUGAAAAUCCUAAAAAACAAGAUGGAGAUCAAGCUAGCAUGUAUUCCAUCGCUCAAAACGAGUCAGUGUUUUUUGGCAAUAAGGCUCAUGAAUCCUAAAUUGUCAAGAAUCAAUCCAAUAUCAACGUGACAUCCAUCAUGGAAAAUGUAUUCACUAAAAAGUCCAAUCAAAAACCAAUUAGCGAAAAAAUGAAAAGGUUGAUGGAGGAUUUCUAAUUGGAAUUUAAUGAUAAUUCCCAUUCAAUUCCAUAGUCGUAAACAUCAUCUGAAGUUAUUGAAGAUGAAGAUGAUGAGGAUGAGCAAAAUUAUGAACAAUCCCAUAUGAACACCUAGACUAUCAGAGAUCCUACUGCAUAAUAGGAUCGUCACAUUAAAAAAUACCAGAAAAAAUACAAGAGAGACCCAAUCUAUGAUCCAUACCCUUUGAUUUGGGAAAGCAAGUAAGAUUUUGAAUGGAUUCUCAAGGAUUAUAAGUUAUAUUGGGAUGAGUAUCCUUUAAGUAAAAUCAGAAGGAUUAUUGUUCUCAUUGUAAGGAUAAUCAAUAUCAGUCUUUAUAAAAUUAUUAGCCAUCGUUUAUUCACCAUUUUUGUACUUGGGUCAAUUAUAUUCAAUAUUGUAUUUUUUGUCUAAAGUCAAGAUGAAGGCUUAAGUCAAGAUGUCUAAGAUGAUCUCAGGAGUAAAAAGAAAAGUAAAGAAGAUUAUAUAUUUUAGUUAUACUCAUUUUAUUCAUAGUAGAAAAUGUAUUAAAACUUAUUGGUUUAGGAUUCUUUAAAUACAUUUGGGAUUUAUAAAACAUAUUUGAUGUCAUCAUACUUGUACUAUUCAUAUUACAUUUCAAUUAUCCUGAUAUUAUGGUUGUCGAUUUCUCAACGGCAAGAUUAUUUCGACUGCUUACUGUUAUGAGUAUUUUCAGUAAGAGAUUAAGAAUAAUGCUUAUUGCUGUUAAACACUCAAUCAAAUUCUUACUCGAAGCCCUACUUAUCGUUAUCAUAUUCUCAUACUUUUUUGCCCUCUUUGGUUAGCAUCUAUUUAAGGGUUUGUUUCAAUAUCAUUGUUACAUUGCCGAAGAGGGGAUUCAGACAAAGGAAGAGUGCGGCUAUAAUUUACCAUGUAAGGAACAUGAAUUGAUAUGUGCCAAAUCCUUAUCUAAUCCCAAUGUGCCUACCAAUUUUGACGACAUCUUCUACUCUUAUGAAUAGGUCGUCAGAGUCAUGAUUUUCAAUGAGUGGACAGAACCGCUGUAUUUAUCGAUGCUCUCAUUUCAUGAUUUCACAGUGAUAUACUAUAUACUGAUUAUUUUCAUUAUUGGCAUCUUCGGAGCCAAUCUCAUUAUCGCUGUCCUCAAGAUCUACUAUUCACAAACAUUGGAAGAGUAUGAGUUCGAAGAAAUUAAAGAAAACUCUGAGGAUGAAGAUCCCAUCUUGAAUCUUAGAAUCAUCAAAAAUUACUAAAUAGAUCAAGAUCUAAUGGACAAUAAGAAACAAUUUACACGUACCAGAGUUUAAGAUGAAUAACCCACUUACUUAAAGACCAAUAAUUAUGGCAUCCAACCCAAGGUACUCAAUUAUAAACAUAAAUAUUUAUCUGCUCGUUAAACUAGAGAACAAGAGGAAAUUAAAAAUAGAAAGAGGGGAAUCAAACCCAAGACCAGCAACAUUCAUAAUUUAAUUGAAAACUUUACCAUAAGCAACUUAAUACUAUCAGAUUAGAGUAAGGAGUAAUUUAUGUAGAAACUAUAUUCAAAUGAAGGUUUGGAGAAAGAUUAUUUCAAAUUAUUUUAUAUUUAAACCUUUAAGCAAAAUCCCUUGUAUUCUUGGAGGAGUGUGAUCAAUAAGAAUUUCGUUUUUAAUAGUACAUCAGAGAACGAUAUCUUCAGUGCAUUUAAGUAAAAUUAACAAUUACAGAGAAAGAGGGAAAGAGAAUUUGAAUUUAUAAGGAAAUUUGCUUUAAGACAUUACUAUGUCAUUAAAAAGUUGGAAUUUUCAUUUGUCAAACAACAAAACCAUCUCAGCGAAACUCGAAGGGACAACUCAGAAACCAAAGAUUUGUCUUAGAGAAAAAUAAGAUUUCCCAUAAAAUAGAAACCCAAGAAGCCCUAAGUUCCAAUAUAAGAAGAAUUCAAAAAGGAUUUUAUAAAUCAAUAAAUCAGUUUUAGGUAGAAUGAUGAAUCUCCAUCUUAAUGUUUGAAUCCUGAAUAAAUUUUUAUUAAUAACGAUGUUGACAGAAAAUCAAUUAGAAAAACGACUACUGUAAUUACCAAGAAAAAGAAGACAAUAAAAUUAAACGAUGAAGAAUGCGAUUAUGAGGAGAUCAAACAUAGAAUCAAUAGAUAGAUUCCUGAUUCAUAAGAAUAGCCUCCUGAUUUUGAAGAUGUUUAUGUGUAAUUCAGAAUGGAUGAAUGCAGAUAAUAAAUUAUAUAUAGGCAUAAUUGGUCAGGGAAUGAAGUCAUAUAUCCAAACAAUAGCGUUUAGUUCAAGAAGAAAUUGUUUAAACUACUAAAUAAUUAAGAUACCGAUAUUUGGUUGGCGAAUUUUAGUGGCUUUUUGAUUUUAAUAUAAAAGUAUGCUAUGAUAAUUUUGAAGAAUAAAUAUGCUAAAGUGUUUUUUGACUCAGUAGUUCUAACUAAUAUUCUAUUGUUAAGUUUGAUUGGUUAUGUAGAUGAGAAAAAGAUAAAGAAAAUAAAUGAUUUGUUUAUUUUGAUUUUGAUAGCUGAGCUGGUGUUGAAAUUAUUAUAAUUUGGAAUAAUCCGAUUUUGCUCUUUAACUACUAAUAUAAUUGAUACAGUUAUUCUAACUUGUGCUUUCAUUACCUCAGUAGAAGUGAUGUGGAAUUUGGAAAAGGAGAAUUUAUAUCUUGAUUUGUUGAGUUCAUUCCAAACGUUCUUGGUGUACAGAAUAAUUAAAUAUAAUUCCUUUGCUGUUAAGAUUGCGAAGAUAACCAAGAAAUCACUGCCAUCCUUUUGUAAUUUGAUAUUGUUGAUGGUUACUUUGAUGUUCAUAUUUGCCUUUAUAGGAAUGAAUUUAUAUAAAAAUAAAUUUCCAUUGGACACAGAUCUUGGAUUAUCCUAAUCUUUCGAUGACAUUCAGGCUGCCUUUUUAACUGUCUUUAUAAGAGCAGCUAAUGACGAUUGGAUAGGAAUGAUGAUUAUGGGAUCUCAGUAUAGUUAUGAAAUACCAACAAUGUUUUAUGGAGUUAUUUCAGUCUAUGUAUUAAAUCUUAUGACCAUUGGAUCGAUUUUGGCAAUUAUUUUGGAUGCUUUUUCAACAUUCUCUAAUCAUGAUGAAGACUAGCAUAAGGAUGAUCAAUAUUAAAUUGACACUGAAAUAUCGGAGGAUUUAAGGAAUUUGGAUACUAAUGAAGUCACAUUAAACAGUUCCGAAAGUCCCGAAAAAGAUGAAUAACAAUAGCCUCUAUAAAGUGAAUAAAAGGAAAAGGUGGUGAUGGAAGAUCAAAUAGUGAGUACAAAGAUACUAUAGAGUACAAAGUUGACCAGGUUUUAUUAUUAAACUAAGCCGGGAGAGGAUAAUAAAUAAUUAUUUUAAUUAGUGGAGACUAUUAAGAAAUUGGUGGAUAAAUUAUUCUAAGAUUUUUAAUUUUUUUCAAAUAAUGAGAGUCAGUUAUCUUUGUUUAUAUUUAGCCAAGAAAAUUAUUUUAGGAAAUUCUGCUAUCGAUUUAUUCAUUAUUCAAUUUACAUUCAUUUUAUUUAGAUGAUAUUUUUUAUAUCAUUAAUAAACAUGGGUUUUUAUACCUACUAUGACAAUGAUCAUGAGCAUGGCAAUUAUCAAUAUUAGGUUAUAUCUGAGGAUAUUGAAUUAGCAAUAAAUGUUAUUUUAUUGAUUGAUUCAAUAUUGAAAAUAAUCUCACUUGGGUUUACUCAGGAGAAAGGAGCAUUUACAAGUGAAUUUUGGAGAUUAAUAGAUUUCAUAUAUUAGUUAUGCUAUUUUGCAAAUUGUAUUCUCCACUAUUCAGCCUUUAGGUAUGUGAAGAUAUUGAAAUACACAAGACCAUUUAGAUUUUUGUAUUUGUUCGAAGAGUUAAAGUAUAUUAAUAGUGCAAUAUCAAAAUCUAUAGUAGAUUUGAUAAACAUUCUAUUUGUUCAAUUGAUGGUUUGGUUGAUUUUUGCAAUAUUUGGAGUAAUAAUAUACAAGGAUAAGAUGGGAUAUUGUGAACAUCCUUUAAACUUUGGAGUCAACAAGGAAGAAUGCAUUAAGGAAGGUAACCCUUGGGUUAUUCAUCUCUAUAAUUUUGACAAUCUAGGGAAUGCCAUGUUGACUUUAUUCAGAAUAACUGCAUGUGAUGAAUGGGUAUAUAUUUGUUAGGUGUGUUUGAAUUCAAGAAGUGAGGAUUUGGGUCCAAUUCUUUAUGGGAAUAGAUGGAUAACUUUUAUUUAUUUUAUUCUAUUCAUUCUAGUGGGAGUGUUAUUCUUCAUGGGAUUUUUUGCAGGAAUUCUAUUUAUCAAUUUCCAAACUUAUAAACUAAUUUUGCAGAAGUAAAUCCUAACCAAAGACCAGCAAUUAUUCGCAGAUGUUACAAAGAUGAUUCUAACGGAGGUGCCCAAUUAUAGUAAUCCUCCGAAUACGUUUCUGAGACGACUGGCAUCAGACAUAGUUAAAUAGCCAUCCUAUGAAAGAUUAAUUCUAUUGACCAUAUUCUUUAAUACAGGUAUAAUUUUGAAUGUGAUAUGACUAGCAAUUCUUACUUUCUUUUAUGAUUCUGCAACCAUUGAAAUGUAAUAGAAAUUAGAGUACAUUUAUCAAUUGCUAACGUGUUUCUUGAUUUUGGAUACGUAUUUAAAGAUUCUCGCUUUUGGAUUGCGAAGGUAUUGGGGAUUUAGCUGGAGAAAGAUCGAAUUCUUUUUGAGUUUUAUUGCCCUAAUAGACUUAAUCAUGUAUUUAAGUUAUGAUUGGACGAAGUAUUAUUAUUAUUACACAAUAAAUGAUCACUAUUUCAUUUUAGUGAGAUUAGCAUUUGCACUGAGAAACCUGAGAACUCUUCUGAUCAUCUAAUAAUUCAGAGGGUUGACAAGAUUAUUAAGAAUUUUGAAUUACUCAGCGUCCUUCUUAUUCCAGAUUCUUUGUUUUUUGAUCUCCAUACUCUUGUUUUAUGGCUAUAUAGGCUGUGAAUUCUUCGGUAAGGUCGAGAAGGGAGAAUACAUAAACGAGUAUAUGAAUUUUUCAAAUAUUGGAAAGGCUCUAAUUGUAUUAUUUAAGGCAUGUACUAAAAACAAUUGGGUAAGAGUGAUGAUUGAUGUAUCAGACAGGAAUAAGCAUUGUUAAGACCAUGAAUCAGAAGAAUGUGGACCCAGUUGGAUAUUUGCAAGUACUUACUUUUAUACAUUUCUCCUAAUAUCUAGCUUUGUAGCUUUUAAUUUAUUCAUAACAGCAUUGGUUGAUCAAUUCGAGAGUACUUAAUAUUUAGUAUUAUUAAGAGUUUUUCCAUUCUCAAAAUAGUGUCUUAUAAACAUAUAUCGAAAACAUUGAUCCCUUCAGAACAGUUUGGUGUAAGUACUCCUCUGAAACCAAAGGGAAACAAAUGCACUCCAAACAUUUAGCUAACUUUUUACUAGAACUAGGACCUCCUCUAGGGUCAGCCAUCGGAGACAACAUUUGGGAUGCAGCCAAAAGUGCCUCCAAUUUCAAGAUUCGAGCCGAUUAGAAUGGGUACAUCCACUUUUAAGAGGUUCUCUAUGAAACCAUUCGAUUUGUGUAUAGAAACUAAAUCUUCAGAACAGGAACACCUGAAAGCAUCCAGGCUAUUAAACAAAUCGACAAAGACAUACGUUUCAGAUUACAUUACAAAAGAAUAGUAUUGAAUUUAGUUAUAUUUCCAAGGAUAUCCUCGAUAGAAGGGAACAUAUAUAUGACUAAAUGCACAUCAAAGGGAACUUCAAUAUUCUCUAGGAGUAUCUCUUUUUGUUGAUGAUAUACCGAACUCUAAAAACUUAUGCCAUCAAAACAAUUGCCAAGAUAUAGAAUAAUAUCCUUUCUCCUAAUAGUCUCAAAAAGAAGUAUUUUGUCUAUGAUAGCGAAGACGAGAGUGAAUUAAAUGAUACUAACUAAUAGAUUGAGGGUUGUCAGCAUUAAGUGUCUUUGGAAUAGGAGAAUAAUGAAUAGUCCAUACAAUUGGAAGCCACUAAAUACAUUACAGUCAAAGGAUAGAGAAAACUUAAGUUUUAGGAUGAAACCGAUGACAGUCCCAAUCAAUGUCAUGUGAUCUACCUUCCUCAAUCUACUAAUCGUGAAUACAGUCAGAAUUAAUCUGUUAGAGGCAAGUCUGCCUUAAAAAAAUAAACCUAGCAGGCUUUUAACUUUAUGGAUUUUGAAGCAGCUGAAUAGAAGAAUUUGCAAAAUCCCAUGCUGGAUUCUUCAAACAUCAACGAAAACAGUAAAAGCUAUAUGACUGAUUCUCUUAUCGAUUUUGAAUAGCAAAUUAAUGGUUUUCAUGUUAUAACUAAACAAAAGCCACAUCACUCCAGAUUUAGUGUUUCUUCUUACGAGGAAAGUGUUGGCACUGAAUCACACAAUUUCUACAAAGCAAAAAAAGCAAAAUAGAGGGAAGGAAGAAAUUUUGUAGUUUGA